UCUGAAGUUCACGAACUCGUUACCGUGUUUUCAAUGGUAAAAACGAAUGAACAUUAUUAAAAAAUAUCGCGGCUGGUGAAGUGUUUGGUGUAGUCAAUUAAUUUUAUAUUUCCACAUUUUUAAUAAUACGAAUGCUGAAAGAAAGAAUAAAUAUAAUUUCGAUAGUAUUUUUCUAAAAACAAAUCAACCAUCAUGACGAAAGACGAAAGCUUAGAGAAAAAGUCAAUAGAAAAUAAUGAUACCGAUAAGAAAGCUGCAUCUGAAACAGGACCAGAUCCGUCGGCUCCGGUAACAAGAAGAGGCGUAUUAACAUCAUUUCUGACUGGUAAACCAAUGGAAAUACCGGAACAGGAUAUUCUAGGUAAAUGCAGAUUUGUGUCAGAGUUCGAGAAGUUAAACCGCAUAGGAGAAGGUACAUAUGGAAUUGUUUAUCGAGCUAGAGAUACGAAAAAUGAUAAAAUUGUGGCACUAAAGAAAGUGCGAAUGGAACACGAAAAAGAUGGUUUACCUGUUAGCGGACUCAGGGAGAUAUCUGUCCUUUUAUCUUGUCGUCAUGAAAAUAUUGUACACUUAAGGGAAGUUGUAGUAGGAAGGAGUUUAGAAAGCAUAUUUCUUGCAAUGGAAUAUUGUGAACAGGACUUAGCAAGUUUAUUAGACAAUAUGCAAACUCCAUUUUCCGAAAGUCAGGUUAAAUGUAUUGUUUUGCAAGUACUGAAAGGCUUGCGCUAUUUGCAUCAUAAUUUCAUUGUGCAUAGAGACUUAAAAGUCUCUAAUCUCUUAAUGACGGACAAAGGAUGUGUGAAAAUUGCUGAUUUUGGAUUGGCUAGGUGGUUUGGUUUACCUUUAAAACCAAUGACACCUAGAGUAGUAACAUUAUGGUAUAGAGCACCGGAAUUAUUACUGCAAGCAAAAACCCAGACAACUUCUGUGGAUAUGUGGGCUGCUGGCUGCAUUUUAGGCGAACUGCUUGGACAUCGACCCUUAUUACCUGGACGAUCAGAAAUUUCGCAACUAGAAUUAAUAGUUGAUUUAUUGGGUACACCGAGCGAAGCAAUUUGGCCUGAAUUUAAUACCCUUCCAGCAUUGCAGAAUUUUACGUUAAAACAACAACCGUAUAAUAAUUUAAAACAAAGGUUUCCAUGGUUAAGUGCUGCUGGCUUGAGGUUAUUAAACUUCCUAUUUAUGUAUGAUCCAAAGAAAAGAGCAACAGCUGAAGAAUGUUUACAAAGCAGCUACUUUAAAGAAGCUCCUCUGCCAUGUGACCCCAAGCUCAUGCCCACAUUCCCACAGCAUAGAAACAUGAAAAAAGCUGCUCCUCCAAAAGAGACCAGAGAACCAGAUGCAAAUGUUACAGAUCAGACGAAUAACUUACCUGCGAUUUCUGAUCUUCUUGGAUCACUUGUUAAGAAGAGAAGAGUGGAAUGAAUGUCGGGUAUUGUUACAUUCAUGACAUAGAAUAUGGUUUAAACAUACUUUCAUUCCUCGUUAUAAUUUGUAACAUUCUCUUAAGAUGUAUGAUAUCAUUCACAAAAUAAACUUUUCAAUAAAUGAACUUUAUUUCUGGACACAUAA